GAGGUGAAAGAGGAGGAGAAGCCGCAGCGGGCGCCGCCGGAGCCAGUGAGCUAGGAGCGCGGGGCGAAGACGCGGAGAGGCCGGGCGGCCUGGCGGGCGGCUGGAGGCACGGGCCAGGCAGCGGCGGCGACUCCGUUCCACUCUCGGCCGGGAUCCAGGCUUCCGGGUUCCCGGGCGCUCGCCGCCCUCUGACGCACUUUAAAGAGUCUCCCCCCUUCCACCUCAGGGCGAGUAAUAGCGACCAAUCAUCAAGCCAUUUACCAGGCUUCGGAGGAAGCUGUUUAUGUGAUCCCCGCACUAAUUAGGCUCAUGAACUAACAAAUCGUUUGCACAACUUGUGAAGAAGCGAACACUUCCAUGGAUUGUCCUUGGACUUAGGGCGCCCUGCCCGCCUUUUGCAGAGGAGAGAAAACUUUUUUUGGCCUCCCCCGAGAAACUUUCCCCCCCUCUCCUCCCUGCCUCUAACUCCGAUCUCCCCACGCCAUCUCGCCCCCACCCCCGCUCAAAAAAUUACCCCAAUCCACGCCUGCAAAUUCUUCUGGAAGGAUUUUUCCCCCUCUCUCCAGGUCGGGCGCGUUUGGUGCAAGAUUCUCGGGAUCCUCGGCGUUUCCUCUCCCUCCCCCUCCCCCCUCCUUUCCUUUUUCCUUUCCUUUCCCUUCUUCCUUCCCUCCCUUCCCCCCACCCAAACAAACAAGCCCCCAAUUCUCAUCUCUCCUCGCCGCGGGCAGCGGGCGGCGGAGGCGGCGCGCCCUGAUCGCCGGGAGCCGGGAGCCCCGGGCGCCAGCUCCUCGGCGCAGCAUGUUCCAGCCGGCGCCCAAGCGCUGCUUCACCAUCGAGUCGCUGGUGGCCAAGGACAGUCCCCUGCCCGCCUCACGCUCCGAGGACCCCAUCCGCCCCGCGGCGCUCAGCUACGCCAACUCCAGCCCCAUAAACCCGUUCCUCAACGGCUUCCACUCGGCCGCCGCCGCCGCCGCCGCGGGCAGGGGCGUCUACUCCAACCCGGACUUGGUGUUCGCCGAGGCGGUCUCGCACCCGCCCAACCCCGCCGUGCCGGUGCACCCGGUGCCGCCGCCGCACGCCCUGGCCGCCCACCCCCUGCCCUCCUCGCACUCGCCACACCCCCUCUUCGCCUCGCAGCAGCGGGACCCGUCCACUUUCUACCCCUGGCUUAUCCACCGCUACCGAUAUCUGGGCCAUCGCUUCCAAGGGAACGACACAAGCCCCGAGAGCUUCCUUUUGCACAACGCUCUGGCCCGAAAGCCGAAGCGGAUCAGAACCGCCUUCUCCCCGUCCCAGCUUCUGAGGCUGGAACACGCCUUCGAGAAGAACCACUACGUGGUGGGCGCCGAGAGGAAGCAGCUGGCGCACAGUCUCAGCCUCACGGAAACUCAGGUAAAAGUAUGGUUUCAGAACCGAAGGACGAAGUUCAAAAGGCAGAAGUUGGAGGAAGAAGGCUCGGAUUCGCAACAAAAGAAAAAAGGGACGCACCAUAUUAACCGGUGGAGAAUCGCCACCAAGCAGGCGAGUCCCGAGGAAAUAGACGUGACCUCAGACGAUUAAAAACCACAAACAGAACCCCACAGAAACGGACAAAACGGAGCAAAACAGAGACAGGGAGAGGAGGGGAAGAAGAAAAAUAUCUACAAAAAAAAGUCGAACAAACCGUACACACACAUUCACGGAGAAAGGGAGAGGGAGUCUGAGGGAGCAGCGGUGCGCGCCGCAGACUUUGGGCAGCGAGAGCGCAAGGUCCCACUUGGAGCCCGCGCAGAGAUGGCAGAGGACGGAGUCUCCAUCAACAUGCGGUCCUCAUCUAAAGAGGCAGCUGAGUGAGUGAGUGAGUGAGACAGACAGAGCGAGAGCGAGAGCGAGAGAGAGAGAGAGAGAGAGAGAGGAAGAGAGAGGGAGAGAGAGAGAGAGAGAGAGAAUGAGCAAGUGAGCGAGGUCCAAAUUGUGGCAAAGCCGAACGCGCUCUGACAAGGGGAGCUGUCAGUCAAACGCCAAACCAGCGAGACACGAUGAUUGGCAGGUAUUCCGUUUAUCGCAGUCCACUUUUUAAAAAAAUGAUGAUAAUAGUGAUGAUAAAAAAACCACAAAAUCAGCCAGGCACAGGACUUUUUAAUUUUGCAUUUCGCAGUGUUUCCCCCCCAGUUUCAAAAAAAUUGGUAAUAAUAACGAUCAAAUUUCCAUAUCCAGUCCCAUCCCCACACCUGUUUCAAAAACUUGAAUUGCAUGUAGCAGUCGUUGGGCAAAUGGUGUCUAAAGACAGAAAAUGAAUUGUAACUUUCUUUUCCUUCUAAAGACAGGUUCUGUGUGCUUUUUAUUUUGAUUUUUUUUUUCAGAGGAAUGUGCAGUCUGUAAACACUUUUUGAUACCUUCUGAUGUCAAAGUGAUUGUGAAAGCUAAAUGAAGUGGGCUCAGCGAUAGUGGUCCUCUUACAGAGAAA